AUCAUGUGACUCUGUACUCAUCUCGCCUCGCCUCUGUUAAAUUUCUCUUGUUACUCAACCACCAUCGUCGCUUUUUCAGAAUGCCUUCUUCUCCCCUGCACUCUCCUACUGCUGCUCGUCGAGCCUCGGAGCGACGCGGCUCGGAGCGCAGAGGCUCCAACUACUCUGCUGGCUCUCGCCGCCCCUCUAUCGAUCCAAUGAGGCUCAUUCCCAUGGACAAGGCGAUUCAUGUCGGAGGGUCUGAUGACUUCAAUGUUCUCUUCAUCGGAGCCGGGAACAUCAUGUUCGGCUCCGAUGAGGGACCCUGGAACCACUCCUUCCGUUUUGAACACAAACUUGGUCCUCGCCUCAAGGUCGUAGCUCUUAUCGAUCCCGCCAUUGAACGUGCGACUGCCGUUCUUCAGAAGAAAUGCGACUCCUUCGUCGUGUCUGCAUACCAAGGUACCCGUGUCUUCAAGACUCUCGAGGACUUCGUCAAAAACAUGGCGCCAAAGGACAGGCCCCGCGCUGUUAUUGUCGGCAGUCCCCCCAUGUUUCGUGGGACCUUAAAACCUGGUCGCGAUAUCGAGAUGCAGAUACUCAAGCAUUUCCCUGGUGUUGCUAUGUUCAUUGAGAAACCCAUCGCGACAGGCCCUGAGGCGGAGAUCCAGGAUGCAUUUACCAUUGCCAAGACCAUCAGUGACAGCAAAACCAUUUGUUCCGUUGGUUACAUGUUGCGAUACCUCAAGGCGGUACAGAUGAUGAAACAGAUCAUCGAAGAGAAUAAUCUGACAGUUAUGGCUACCAUCGCUCGCUACGCCUGCGCAUAUGAGGCCAUUGCUAAGCCAGAUUGGUGGGACAAGUCCAAGAGCGCAGGACCAAUCGUGGAACAAGGAACUCAUUUCUGUGAUCUUUCGCGUUACUUUGGAGGCGAAGUCGACAUUUCUACCGUUUCUGCUCACUCGUUGGAGUGGGACGAGAAUGCAGGACAUCUGUCGGCGAUAAAAGUGGAUGAGAGUAAGAUUGCUCCUGAAAAUAGAAUCCCUCGUGUCACCGCCGCUACGUGGAAGUACGACAGUGGAGCCGUUGGUAGUUUUACUCACAUCGCAGCGUUGCAGGGUACGAACUACAGCUGCGAGCUGGAAGUGUACGCCGACGGGUACUCCCUCAAGCUUGUUAACCCAUAUGUGCAACCUGUCCUUUGUGUGCGUAGGCCUGGAGACGAUCACGAACAAACCAUUAAUUUCCCCGAUGACGAUCCCUUCUUCUCCGAGGUAUCCAACUUGAUUGAUAUCAUCGAGGAUAUCGAAGAAGAUCCAGAUGCGGCACAGAUAUUGAGCUCGUACGAUGAUGCGGUCAGGACUUACGAAUUGACCUGGGCUAUUCGUCGUGCCAGUGAAAAGUCCCGAGCUGAAAAACUGAAGGCCAGCGCUGCCGCCGCCAAGUGAGCACAAAGCUUAAAACAGUAACCUAUAGACCAAGUUCUGUACGACGCUA